GUCUAAAAUCCCAGUUAGGGUUUAUUGCCCCUCAACGUGUUCCUCUGGUCCAACAGUUAUGGCGGGUGGUUCUCGAGCUCAAGUGAACAAGUCGCAUAAGACUCGUUUUGCUUCAAAAGCCUCCCGUAACAUCCACAAAACAUCUGUUAAAGAUAAGAGCAAGAUCAGCAAACCUGACCGCAAUGUGGGGAAGGGAGCUCGGGCUGCUCGACUGCAACGUAACAAAAUGAUGAGAGAGCAGAAGAGAGCAGCUCUUUUGAAAGAAAAAAGGGCUUUCAGUGGAACAACUAGUGCUCCCCGUGUUAUUGUUUUAUUUGGUCUAUCCGCUUCAACAAAUGUAAGUUCACUAGCGGGGGAUCUUUUGGCAUUACUGUCAAAUGAGAAGAAUGGGACUUUAUUCCCAGCCGUUGCAUCACCUGAGUAUAGGCUAAGAGCAACGGUCCUAGAAGCACCUCAUGGUGAUUUUAUGGCAUGCAUGGAAAUGGCCAAGAUUGCAGAUUUGAUCGUUUUUGUGGCUUCUGCUAACUGUUCAAGUGAGCAAGGUAGUUCCAAUUAUUACAUCGACGAAUUUGGCUCUCGGUGUCUCUCUGUGUUCAGGUCUCUUGGUUUACCAAGUUCUGCCAUUUUUCUUCGAGAUUUACCUCCUGAUUUAAAAAGAAGAAAUGAUUUAAAGAAAACAUGCAUUUCUAGCCUUGCUUCUGAAUUCCCUGAAGAUUGCAAGAUUUAUCCAGCAGACACAAAAGAUGACUUGCACAAGUUCAUGUCGCUUUAUAAGGAGCAAAGGCCUACGAUACCUCAUUGGCGUACCCAACGACCUUACGUCAUGGCUCAGAAGGUUGAUGUAGUGGCUGAUGGGUCCGGAAAAUGUACUCUUCUCGUCACUGGUUAUAUUCGUGCUCGCAAUCUUUCAGUAAAUCAGCUGGUUCAUGUAUCAGGUGCCGGGGAUUUUCAGAUGUCCAAGAUUGAACUUCUUAAGGAUCCUUGUUUGUUAAAUGUAAAAAAAGAAGGGGACUUCAUGGAUGCAGAUGAAGUAAAUGAUUCACAGGCCAUCAGAACUUUAGUCCCGGAUCCUUUGAAGCAAGAGCCUCUGCUUGUUGAAAAUGUACCCAAUCCCCUCGAAGGGGAACAGACAUGGCCAACAGAGGCAGAGAUGGCAGAAGCGGAUAGAGAACAGAAGGAAAAGAAACAGAAAAAAAGGUCUCUCCCUCGGGGUACUUCUGAAUACCAGGCUGCUUGGAUCCUGGAUGAUUCUGAUGUAUCUGGUACAGACAGUGAUGAUGGUUCAGAUAAUGGUAUGGUAGUUGAUGAAGGGGAAUAUGAUUUUGCUGGUCAAAAUGAUGGUGGGAAAUUUGACCUUGAGGAUGACCAGGCUUCACUCAAGCUUAGGGACUCUGACGAAGAAACUGAAGCUGAUUCUGUUAUGAUGGAUAAUGAGAACUUGACGAAGGAGCAAAUAGAAGAAGAUAUUCGAAAAAUAAAAGAGGCACAUGCUGAAGAUGAGGAGUACCCAGAUGAAGUCGAUGUUCCAGUAGAUGUUCCUGCUCGGAAACGAUUUGCUAAAUACAGAGGCCUAAAGUCAUUUCGGACUUCUUCGUGGGACCCUAAGGAAUCUCUACCUCCAGAGUAUGCACGGAUUUUUGCAUUCGAUAAUUUCACUAGAACACAGAAGCAUGUUCUUUCUAAAGCUCUGGACAUGGAACAAGGAAGUGAAGAUGAAUGCGUACCUGCAAAUUCUUACGUAAAACUUCACAUUACAGAAGUCCCGACUCAUAUUGCUUCAAAACUUUGCGUUUUGGUAAAGACGAUGCCAGUCAUUGCAUGUGGUCUCUUGCAACAUGAAUCAAAGAUUUCUUUCCUUCACUUCAGGGUAAAGAAACAUGAAACAUACACUGAACCCAUAAAAGCCAAAGAAGAACUAAUAUUUCAUGUCGGCUUCAGACAAUUUGUCACAAGGCCGACUUUUGCAUCUGACAAUUUUAAUUCAGACAAACACAAGAUGGAAAGAUUUCUUCAUGCAGGACGCUUUUCUAUAGCUUCAGUAUAUGCUCCAAUUUCUUUUCCUCCUCUUCCUCUGAUCGUUUUGAAGAGUAGAGGUGAUUCUUCCCCACCUGCCCUCGCUGCUGUUGGCUCAUUGAAAAGUAUCGACCCUGAUAAGAUUAUUCUUAAAAAAAUUAUUUUAACUGGUUACCCUCAACGUGUUUCAAAAUCUAAAGCUGCAGUAAGAUAUAUGUUUCAUAAUCCCGAGGAUGUAAAGUGGUUCAAGCCUGUGGAAGUUUGGACAAAAUUGGGUCGCCGCGGUCGCAUCAAAGAGCCCCUCGGUACUCAUGGUGCAAUGAAGUGCAUAUUGAACGGUGUCCUCCAGCAGAACGACACCGUGUGCAUGAGUCUAUUCAAGCGAUCAUAUCCCAAGUGGCCCGAACAUUGGUUCCCGAUGUCCGGCGUUUGACCUUUGACCGUACAACGGUUUCUCCUCGUGAGCAGAAAAAGCUCGUGAAAGAGGAUAGGUGUUCGACACUGAUGGAAUGAAGCUUUGGUUCAGAUUGGUUACAUCGCGUUUUUCGCUGUGAUCGAAAAGUUUUGCUUGUAUAUUCCCUUCAUUGUAUGCCGUUCCAAAAUUUAUCGAAUUUUAGACCGUCUUUACCCGUUCAGAUUUUUCCGAGCUUAGUUGGUCUAAUGAUUUGCUGAAUGUUGAAUCUGUUUGUAAUUGAAUGAGUUAUAGCGUUUUUCUUUA